UUCCCACAAUGCACCAGCUUCUCCUCCGCGGGAAAGCAAAAUGGCGAAGGGUUGUUGUGGAGCCGGGCUGCCCGUGAGGCUGCCUCGGGCUUGAGCCCCCUUGUUGGCUUCCCUUCCCCUCCUCCCCCUUCCCCCCGCGCGGGUUUGCCCUUUCGAAGGGCGGCGAGAAAGCCCGGCCGAAAAGCGGCUUCUGGGGCUAGAGCGCAUCGAGCGCCAUUGAUUUCCCUGCAUGAAGCGAGUGGCCCAACUGGAGAGACCGAAUGAGGGUCGAUAAAAAGAGGUCGUUCCAAAAGAAGGGGAAAUUGGAGUUCUCACCAUUCACAACUAUUCCUAGGCAGUCAAAAUAGGUCUUGAAAUUCCAGUCAAGAAAUGUGGAUAGAAAGAACUGGAAUUCCACAAAUAGACUCUACGGGGGUGGGUAAUUCAGUGGUCCACAAGCGGUCUCCUUUGCACCGAAACCAAAAACCACCAAUAUCCUUGACCAAACUCUCCUCACGGGAUGGACAAAAAUCCAAAAAGCCAGUGUGCAAAUUUGAAGAAGGUCAAGAUGUCCUAGCCAGAUGGUCAGAUGGCUUGUUUUAUCUUGGAACUAUCAAAAAGAUAAACAAACUUAAGCAGAGCUGCUUCGUUAUAUUUGAAGACAGUUCCAAGUCCUGGGUUCUCUGGAAGGACAUACAAACAGGAGCUACUGAAACGGGGGAAAUGGUCUGUACAAUAUGUCAGGAGGAAUAUUCAGAAGCACCCAAUGAAAUGGUUAUAUGUGAUAAGUGUGGUCAAGGUUAUCAUCAACUGUGUCAUACACCAAAUAUCGGUUCUAGUGUGAUAGAUUCAGACGAUAAAUGGCUCUGCCGGCAGUGUGUCUUUGCAACAACAACAAAAAGAGGUGGCGCGCUUAAGAAAGGACCAAAUGCUAAAGCACUGCAGGUCAUGAAGCAAACAUUGCCUUACAAUGUAGCUGACCUUGAAUGGGAUGCAGGCCAUAAAACAAAUGCCCAACAGUGUUAUUGCUACUGUGGAGGUCCUGGAGACUGGUAUUUGAAGAUGCUACAGUGCUGCAAAUGUAAACAGUGGUUUCAUGAGGCUUGUGUGCAGUGCCUGCAAAAGCCAAUGCUGUAUGGUGACAGGUUUUAUACAUUCAUUUGUUCAGUUUGUAGUUCUGGACCAGAAUACCUCAAACGUUUACCCUUGCAGUGGGUAGAUAUAGCACAUCUAUGCCUUUACAACCUAAGUGUUAUUCAUAAAAAGAAAUAUUUUGAUUCAGAACUUGAACUCAUGACAUACAUUAAUGAAAAUUGGGAUCGACUCCAUCCUGGUGAACUGGCAGACACACCAAAAUCUGAAAGAUAUGAACAUGUUCUAGAGGCAUUAAAUGAUUACAAGACCAUGUUUAUGUCUGGGAAGGAAAUAAAGAAGAAAAAACAUUUGUUCGGCUUAAGAAUUCGUGUUCCUCCUUGCCCACCAAAUGCUGCUUUUAAGGCUGAGAAAGAACCUGAGGGAACUUCCCAUGAGUUCAAAAUUAAAGGCAGAAAAUCAUCUAAACCUGUGCCUGAUCAGAGGGAAGUCACUAAUGGUGUAGAAAAAAAGGGGAAGAAAAAGUCUGUAGGUCGUCCUCCUGGCCCAUAUACUAGAAAAAUGAUUCAAAGAAUGUCUGAGCCAUCUAUCUUGGAAAAAGAACCUGUUAUAGUGCCAGAAUCCCCUAUUUUGGAUUCUCCUAGCACUACUGGAAGAUCUGAUGGAACUGCACACUCAUCCAAUACCUCAGAUGUGGAAUCCACAGGUGCUGCCAGUACAAAAGAAACUACCUCAAACAGUAUUUCCAAGCAUUACAGUUUAUCUGAUUCUAGAAAAAGGACACGAACAGGAAGAACUUGGCCAUCCACGAUACCCCACUUAAGGAGAAGAGGACGUCUUCCACGAAAAGCACUCCAGAUUCAGAACCCAGAAAUUGUAAAAGAAGAUGAAGGCAAAGAUGACUAUCAAUAUGAUGAACUCAAUACAGAGAUUCUGAAUAAUUUGGCAGAUCAGGAGUUGCAGCUUAAUCAUCUCAAGAACUCUAUUACCAGUUACUUUGGUGCUGCAGGUAGGAUAGCUUGUGGUGAAAAAUACCGUGUUUUGGCACGUCGGGUUACACUUGAUGGAAAAGUUCAGUAUCUUGUGGAAUGGGAAGGAGCAACUGCUUCCUGACUAUAGUGCUAAAUAUUAUUUCCUGCACUGCCCUUUAUCUAUUUAUAGGCAGAGUUUAUACAUUGGAGUGCAGAAGGGAACCUAAAUGGAUAUUUGUAAAAAUGAAAAACCAAGUUAGCCUUAACACUUCUUGAACAGAACAAUUUUUUAUCACAUAAGAGGCCUAUGACUAAAAAAAUAAGGCUAGAUUCUUAAUGUGCUUAAAAUGAGGAUCUAGACUGUGUUGGGUUGGGAAUCUGGGAUUUCAUUUGCUUUAAAAUAUUCACAAGUCAAAAAAAGCCUUGUCUCUAGUGUACAUUCCAUGGAUGUUUUUUUGUGAGUAGGGACUAUUUUCUGUAAGUAGGACAAAUUUUGAAAAAGAUACUUGAUCUUUUCUUAUCCAGAAGUUUGCAAAAGACUAUUUCUACUUUGACAACCCUAGAUUUUCAUACAGUGCAGUGUAUAUACUUCCUGCUGAGGACUGUAAAAUAUUAAAAUCUUUCAAGCAAAGUGUAUAAAAUAUAUAUUGAGCUUGUAAAUUGCUCUGUGACUAGACUUUGUUGUCUUUUUAAUAUAUUCUUUGCAUGUGUAUAUAUACACAUACGUGUGCAUGUGUAUAUAUGUGUGAUUGUGACCUAUGCAAUAUAAAUUAUGGGAUUGGGCAGCUUUUGACUAUAUAUCCCAUAAUGUCUUUUAUCAGGAAUAGUUGCAGUAUUUACACAGCAGCAUUUCUUCUCAGGCUAUAUUGGGUGCUGUUGUUUGCCACAUACUAUAGAAUAUGUGUCAAAUGAGUGCUGGGUAUUCUGGCAGUAAGUGCAGUCAUUAAUGUCAUAAUGCUUUUAGAAAAUAAUUCAGGCUGCAGUUCUACACAUGGGAGCCCAGUGAUUUUGGAGUGCCUCUCAGGUUCACAUUAUCCCUCUCCUGCGCAAAUGCCCACUCUUUUUGAAAAACUGAUAUCAAUUACAUGAAACCUAAAACCAAGGCUUAUUAUAGUUGCCUCUAAUUAAAUUAGUUCUAAGUGAAUGGGGAGAAAUUAAAAGUACAUGCUCUAGUUUUUCUUGUUAAAAAUACCUGGAAACAGUGCAGCUAUACCAGGCCAGGUUUUUGAGAUUGCAGUUCUCAACUCAUUUACAUUCAACUCAGAAGGAUUUCUAAACAUGUAUAGUAUUGCACUGUACAAUUCCUUGAAGCAGUCUGGCUGUGCACAACCUUGCAGCAUCAGUUUAUGUUGGCAUGGGGAACCCUAGCUGGUUGAGGCACAGUCUUGAAUAUUUGAGCAUGAGCUCUGUAAAAAAAAAAGAAUUCUAAUAAUUUGUGACAUGUUGAUUGUAAAAUCACUUUCAGUUACUAAAAAACAAAAAUCAGCAGGACUCACAUUAACAAUCCUCUUGGAUGUGAUGAUAAGUAUAGUUGGAAGAAAAGGUUUAAUUACACAGGGUUAAGUAUGUUGCCAUUUGAAGUAACAAUACUGAUUUUAUUACAAAAUUACCUCUUCUGUUAUUAGGAAUAAAUCAAAUUUAAAUGGAUAACUUUAUUUUACUUGUAAAAUAACAAGUUUUUUUUUUAACUGGGGUUAGGAUUUAGGUGGAUAAAGUCAGCAAUGACUAGUGGAAUAAAAUCCGCAGGGACUCCUUUACCUUUAUCUUAGGGGCUUUCCUUUACCUGAGUUUUUGAUAUUUUUUUUAACCAAAGAGUAAAUAUUUUUACUUUGAAGCUUCUUCCUUUAAUUAGAGAAGGUCCAUUAGACAUGAGUUGCCAACAAAAUAAGUUGUCACACAAAAGUUAAAUAACAAUUGGGGGGGAAAGUUGUCCAAUGAAAUACUGCUCUGCUCUUAUUUAUAUGAUUUGAAAAACAAAAAUACUGUUAGGAUUAUCAACGAAAAAUAUUUACCAUCUUUUACAGAGCCAAAGGAAGAAUAAAUAAAAUGCAUUGCCCGGUGCUUGUGAUUUUUCAGAAAAUUUAGUUGAACAAAGGUGAAAAUUAAAAUUUACUUCCGCUUGCCUUCACUAAAAAUGUGGGUCUCUUCCAUUUACUCAAUCUCAGCUAUUAAGUUGCCUUGCCUAAAGCUACAAUAUUUUCAUAAGAACAGGUUACUUUUUAAAUGUUGGUCUUUUGAAAUAAUGCAAAAUGUAGUUUUGUUGUAAUUUACAACCAGUUUUUAAAUUUUCUUUUUCUGCAAUUUUUGUAAUUCACAUUGAACACCAGCAGUAUUUGCAGUAGGGCUUCCAUGCAAGAUCACUAUUGGAAUCUGGUAGGGGAGAGAAUGUGAUAAACUAUCAGUUUAAUUGUGGAUGUGUGUUUUCAUUUUGUCAUGGUGGUUGACAUGUUUGUAUUGCUGGAACUGUUUUCUAGAAUUCAAAUUCAACAUUAAAUGUGUGUAUUUUUAAGAA